AUGUCGUCGUCGAAGCGCGAGUCGACCAAGGACGAUGACGGCGUCAUUACGGCGUACCGCAACUACUACCCGGGCCGUCAGGAGCAGGAGUCGCUGCCCGGCCUCGACAGGGAUAUGGGCCCGCUUGCCGAGCACAUCAAGGUCGAAAAGUGGGACAACGAGGGCAACCCGUACCUCGAGGAGUACAAGGGCACCGGCCGGCUCCAGGGCAAGGGAUGCAUCGUCACCGGAGGCGACAGCGGCAUCGGCCGGUCGGUCGCCCUCUUCUUCGCCCGCGAGGGCGCCAACGUCACCAUCGCCUACCUGCCCGAGGAGCAGCCCGACGCCGACGACGUCAAGAAGCUGUGCGCCGAGGCGCCCAUGGGCAACAAGGAAAUCAACCUCGUCCCGCUCGACCUGAUGAAGGAAGAGGACUGCAAGAUGCUCAUCGACAAGCACCUCGAAAAGUGGGGCAGCAUCGACGUCGUCGUCAACAACGCCAGCAAGCAGAUCUCGUGCAAGAACUUUGAGGACACUGACCUCAACAACGUCGAGAGCACCUUCCGCAGCAACAUUCUCGGCACUUUCGCCGUGACCAAGUUCGCGCUGCCCCACAUGAAGCGCGGUUCGACCAUCAUCCAGUCGACGUCGGUGACGGCCUACAAGGGCUCGGCGGCCAUGGUCGACUACAGCGCCACCAAGGGCGCCCUGUGCACCUUGACGCGAUCCCUCGCCCUCCAGCUCGCCCCGCGCGGCAUCCGCGUCAACGCCGUCGCUCCCGGCCCUGUGUACACGCCGCUUCAGCCGGCCUCGAGGAGCGCCGACAACAUGGAGGGCUGGGGCAUCGGCCAGAUCCCGCUCCACGGCCGCCCGGCGCAGCCCGCCGAGCUGGGCGCCUCUUACGUCUACCUGGCUGACUCUGGCGCCACCAACACCAUGACCGGCGCCGUGCUGCACCUCAACUCUGGAGGCUGGUUCGGCUCCUAA